CCUUACUGCCGAUCUCAGUGACUCAGAACCCCAAGUUGCGUUCUUUCCAAAACAGGUCUGACUGAGAGCCCUGCUCCGAGACCCCGACCUCGGACCGCCCCGCUUGGGGGCGGGACCGCGGACGUGCGUCCGGGCGAGUGCGUGCGGCCCCAGUGCGCAUGCGUGGGCUCCGGGGCUGGGACGUGGCUAUAAGUGGGCGGUGUGGGCGGCCUCGCGGUGUUGCCUGCGGAGGGCUGCGCUUUUGUGCUCCGGGAAUCUUCUUGGUUACGAUUCAGCUCUGCCCCGGGGCUGACUUUCUCGACUCCUGCACGACCCGCUGUUACCGCGAGUGGACGGCUCCUGGCCCUUCCUCCUGGAGCGUCCAGAGGCCUUCCAGAAGUGGAAGAAAGCUUUACUGCUCUGCAGAGGAGUGUGGGGUCCUUUCAGCCAUGAAGCCUCUGUUGAACCUCUAUCUCUUAGGUGUGGUGUUGACCCUGCUCUCCAUUUUCGUUAGACUGAUGGAGUCCCUGGGAGGCUUACUGGAGAGCCCGUUACCUGGGAGCUCCUGGACCUCCAGAAGUCAACCAGCCAGCACAGAGCCCCAGGGCCUUCCAGACCAUCCAUCCAGAGGGGUGUGA